AUGGAGCCCUGGAACUCCACCCUGGGAGGUGCCUUCAUCUUGGUGGGGAUUCUGGAUGACAGUGGCUAUCCUGAACUGUUCUGCGCAAUGAUCACAGUCCUGUACACAUUGGCUCUGACCAGCAAUGGACUGCUGCUCCUGGUCAUCACCAUGGAUGCACAACUCCAUGUGCCCAUGUACAUUUUGCUUGGGCAGCUCUCUCUCAUAGACUUCUUUCUCACAUCAAUUAUCAUUCCCAAGGCUGUCAUGGAUUUUAUGCUCAAAGACAACACUAUCUCUUUAGGGGGUUGUGCCCUUCAGAUGUUCCUGGCACUGACCCUGGGUGGUGCAGAAGACCUCCUUCUAGCAUUCAUGGCCUAUGACAGGUAUGUCGCCAUUUGUCAUCCUCUGAACUACAUGAUCUUCAUGAAGCCAAGCAUCUGCUGGCUUGGAGUAGCCACAUCAUGGAUCCUGGGAUUCCUGAGUGCUCUAGGAUAUACUAUCCACACCAUGCAGUACCCCUUCUGCAAAUCCCGGAAGAUCAGACACCUGUUCUGUGAGAUCCCUCCACUGCUGAAGCUGGCCUGUGCAGACACCUCCAUGUAUGAGCUUAUGGUUUAUGUGAUGGGUGUGGCCUUCCUAAUACCCCCUCUUGCUGCCAUCCUGGCUUCAUACACAUUAAUUCUUUUCACUGUGCUCAACAAGCUCUCAAAUGAAGGAAGGAAGAAAGCCCUUGUCACCUGCUCUUCCCACAUGACUGUGGUGGGGCUGUACUAUGGGGCUCUCACAGUAAUGUAUAUCCUACCAAGUUCCUAUGUAAGUCCCAAACAAGAAAACAUCCUCUCUGUUUUCUACACUGUUGUCACCCCAACUCUGAACCCCCUAAUCUACAGCCUGAGAAAUAAGGAGGUCACUGGGGCCUUGAGGAGAGUCCUGGGAAAGUGGUUGCUGCCCACACAGUCUGCUUUUUAG